GUCAUUUUACCAUAAUUCUAUACUAGAUUUAGACGUUCAUAGUCUUCCAAAAACCAUCGAGCCUCCCUCUCAUCACUCUGGCGCAGACUCAAAAUGGGGAAAGUUUUAGGAUUUUUGAUUCUAGCGGUGUGUAUAUUGAUCUGUGAAGCUGCAAUUUUCAAACCCAUUUCAGAUUCUCACCGAUCUGCAGCUUUAGAUUUGCUUACACCCAAAGAUGGAUCUUUUGAAAGUCUUGAAGUGACAUACAAGGCCUUAAGGUCAUUUGAGGUUCUUGGAACUGGAAAACAGCCUGACAUCAAGGCGGUUACAUGUAAAUCAGUGGUGGAUACUGUUAGGUCUCCAUCUUCAGCAUCGAAGGAUUUGUUUCAAGCAUUGAGAGUCAAUAGGAUAUUGAAGUGCGAGCUUAACAAUGAGGCUUUUGCUGGCAUAGCCUCUAGACUUAAGGAUAACGUGAACAGUGCUGGUUCACUUCUCGACUACUACUAUUCAGUUGGAAGUUUAGUCCUUAUCGAGGGUCAAGCUUCUGAAGUUGAUGUACACCUUGGAGGUGCUGAUUCAGUUUUCCGUGCCAUAAAGGCUCUUAGCCAAAGUGAUGGAAGAUGGCGCUAUAGCUCCAACAAUCCCGAGUCUAGUACAUUUGCUGCAGGAAUUGCACUUGAGAGCCUGGCUGGUGUCAUUUCAUUAGCAUCUUCUGAGAUUGAUCGUUCUCUGAUUAGCCUGGUGAAAAAUGACAUAUUGAAGCUUCUGGACGGUGUUGAGAAAUAUGAUGAUGGGGCUUAUUACUUUGAUGAAAAGCUUGUUGAUGCUCAUGGAUAUCAGAGUCCCCUAUCAGCUUCAUCAGCUGUGGUGCGUGGUAUCACAGCAUUUGCCAUAGCAUCUGAUGAAGAUUUAAACCUUCCAGGUGACAAAAUCUUAGGUUUAGCAAGGUUUUUCCUCGGUGUCGGAAUUCCUGGAAAAGCAGAAGACUUGUUUUAUCAACUUGAUGCAUUGGCUUCCUUAGAAAACAAUAGGGUCUCCAUUCCUUUGAUUUUGUCGCCCCCGACUGCUGUGCUUUCAUUGACUAGGAAAGACCAGCUUAAGGUGAACGUAAACACUGUUUUGGGCUCUGCUGCACCUUCUCUGUCAGUCAAACUCAAGCAGAUCUUCACCUCCGGUUCCAAAGAUGCUUCUAUCAUUGAUCAGGAUCUCAAAUUUGACCCAGAAAAUGCUGUGCAUUUCUUAGAUGUAUUGCCAGAGAACAUUGACGCUGGUAGUUACAUUUUUACUUUUGAGAUUGUCCUUCACAAUCCUGAGGAUAAAAAGAUCUAUGCCGCUGGAGGACGAACAAAAGUACCCAUAUACGUGACAGGAUUUGUCAAAGUUGACCAUGCAGAGGUUGCUGUUCUUGACAGCGAUCUUGGUAAUGUGGAAACUCAAAAGAGGCUUGAUUUGGCUGGGGAGAACAGUAUCUCUCUCUCAGCAAACCAUCUUCAAAAGCUACAGUUGUCAUUCCAAUUAACUUCUCCUCUAGGGAAUGCUUUUAAGCCGCACCAGGCUUUCCUCAAGUUGAGACAUGAGAGCAAAGUGGAACACAUCUUUGUUGUGGGAAAUUCUGGAAAUUUUUUUGAAAUAAUACUAGAUUUUCUUGGGCUAGUCGAGAAGUUUUUCUAUCUGUCAGGUAGAUAUGACAUUCAACUUACAGUUGGGGAUGCUGUCAUGGAGAACUCGUUCUUCCAACAUCUGGGUUCAAUUGAGUUAGAUCUACCAGAGCCUCCAGAAAAGGCAGCUCGCCCUCCUCCACAAGCUGUUGACGCUUCCUCAAAAUUUGGGCCCAAGGCAGAAAUAUCACACAUAUUCAGAGCUCCGGAAAAAAGACCUCCUAAGGAGCUUUCGCUCAUCUUUUUGGCCCUUGUUCUCUUGCCAUUCGUUGGAUUUUUGGUGGGGCUUUUGAGGCUGCAAGUCAAUCUGAAGAACUUCCCAAAAGCAUCAGCACCUGCUACAUUUGCCAUUCUUUUCCACUUUGGCAUUGCAGCUGUCUUAUCGCUCUAUCUUCUAUUUUGGUUGAAGCUGAAUCUAUUCACAACACUUAAAGCACUUGGCUUUUUAGGGAUCUUCUUGAUGUUCGUCGGGCACAGAACCCUUGCAUAUCUAGCAUCAUCAUCUGCCAAGUUGAAAUCAGCCUAAUUUAGACAGAUUUCUUUUUUAUAACUUAUAGAUGGUGAGGAAACAUUAUAGAGAAAAAAAGAGGGUUGGAUAUAUCCAAUUUUGUUGUAGGACAAGGAAACCUGUUCAGUAUGUAAUUGCACCAGAUUUUGUCUUCAAAUUAUAGUAAAAGAUUGGAAUUUGCUACUUUA